GCCACCAGGGAACAAAGAGCCGUGUUUACAGCUCCAGCUGUUGACACCACAAGCAGAGGGGCUGGUGAUUUCCAGCCGGAUAAGCCGCCCGUCCAUUCCCUUCCCGGAAUCCACAGAAGCCGCCCGACUGGACGGGACGGCCGCCGCCAUGGCCAGCCAGUCCCAGGGCAUCCACCAGCUCCUGCAGGCCGAGAGGAGGGCCAAGGACAAGCUGGAGGAGGCCAAGAAGAGCCAUGGGCUCGCAGAGCAACCUGGUGGAGGAGAUGGAGGCGCAGGCGCUGGAGAGGAUCACGGAGCUGACGGGGAGCUACCGCCGCUGCCUGGAGGGCGUGCUGGCGCGGGUGCUGAGCCUGGUCUGCGAUGUGAGGCCGGGGCUGCACCUGAACUACAGAGCCGCCGACUGAAGCCGGGUCCGCGGCUCCAUGGCUCCGUAAAGGGGUCUUGCAAGUCACCCGCUGGCUCCUGGCUUCCCGUCUUGUGGGAUUUUUAAAAAAUAUAUUUUAUUGAUUUUUACAGAGGAAGGGAGAGGGAACGAGAGAUAGAAACACCAAUAAAUGAUAAUAAUA